AUGCGACUUCAUAUAGCGCGGUCUGUUCUGUGCGUUGUUGAAGCACGCGGUCAGGAACGAGCUCGCAAGCUCGGGUGCGCGAGUAGCCGGGGGCCGGAGGCCCCUAUCAUAGUAUAUAACGACCCCGCGCGAUCUCGUGGACAAACGCGCUCGCCGCGCCGUCGCACCGGUUGUUCCAACAUGCGUAGCAAGUUCAAUUAUCUAUCUCGCUUUAACUAA